AUGACCACGCACCAUCUUGAUCCUGAUGUUGUUCGGUGGGGCCUUCACCUUAUAGAUUGCUCUCCAAUGGGUGGUUCUCCUAAAAUUAUUACUUGUUAUGACAUGGACAUGUCUCGAAUUGAUUAUGUGGAGGAAGGUUAUUGUGACAAAACAGGCUUUCUUGUGGAGAAUGAUGAAGUAAUUGCUCAUGCUUUUCAGGAAGAGUUAUCAAGACUUAGAACUGCUGAGGCAUCGGGAUCCACAAGUGCUGAAGAUCAAGAUCAGCAAGUGUCUGUUCUUUCUCGGGAUUGGUCUGAUUACAAUAGUAACCAAGAAGAGGCCAUGGAAUACGAAUCCACCCUUGACAGUGAAUUAGGAAGAAGACUGAAUGAGAUGAUUCCAGUACCUCAUGUUCCUAAAAUUAAUGGAGAAAUUCCGUCCGCUGAUGAUGCCAUGUCAGAUCAUGAAAGGCUACUUGCCAGAUUGGAGUUAUAUGACCUGGUUGAAUUAAAAAUUUCAGGGGAUGGAAAUUGCCAGUUUCGUUCAUUAUCAGAUCAAAUAUAUCGUACUCCCGAGCAUCAUCAAUUUGUGAGAGAACAAGUUGUCAACCAGCUGAUGUCAUAUCGAGAGCUGUAUGAAAAUUAUGUUCCAAUGGCUUACGAAGACUACUUGAAGAAGAUGAGCAAGACAGGCGAAUGGGGGGAUCAUAUCACAUUGCAGGCUGCUGCGGACACUUAUGGCUUCAAGAUAUUUGUUAUUACAUCGUUUAAGGAUACCUGCUAUAUUGAGAUUCUUCCAAAUACUCUGAAGUCAAACAAAAUAAUAUUUUUGAGCUUCUGGGCGGAAGUGCACUAUAACUCCAUUUAUCCGCAAGAAGGAGGAAAUGCUAACGUGGGCAAGGAAAGCUUUAGCUUCAAAGGGAGACGAAGAGUCAAUUCAGUAGGGAGUGAAAGUCAAGACAUAUCCUAUAUGGAAUAUUCUGAAGAAUUUCCUGUAUUGAGGAGAAAGAAAAAGAAGAAGUGGUGGAACCCUUGA